AUGUGCACUAUUAUUGAUUAUCCAUCUAAACCAAAUGAGAAUAAAAGAAACACUAAAUUAAAAGGCAAAGUAACAAAAGCACUGCUGAAGACCAGGAGUGGGGAGUUCGAACUGGAAAGCAUACAUUCCAUUAAUUUGAGAGAAUUAGGUAUUUCUGAUCUUGGAUGCAUAGGCGAGUGUACUGGAUUGGAGCGAGCGAAUUUAUCAAGAAAUGAUAUAACAAAGCUUACCAAACUAGCAGGGCUUACCAACUUGACAACCCUAAAUCUUUCUGCUAAUAGAAUAAUAUCUCUAGAAGGAUUACAGACUCUAGAAAAUCUACAGUCACUUAAUCUAGCUGGUAAUCUAAUUGGUGGUGUUGAAAACUUCCGGUGUUUAACAGGUUUAGAAAAGCUAGAAAUUCUUACAGUUAAUGACAAAGCAUUGUCCAACCCUUUCUGCAUCAACCAUGGAUACAAAAAAGAUAUAUCAAAAAUGCUUCCAAGGUUGCGAACCAUUGAUGGAGAGCGUGUACAUGGUCGAGGGAGUGAAGUGUUUGAAAUGUGCAAGGACAUUGAAGAAGCCUUAGAAAUGAGGUCAAACAACAGCAAAGACACAAAAAUUAUCAAGGCAGAGGAAUGGCUCCCAGAGAACUUCUGGACAUUUUCAUCAAAAAAAUUUGACCAAACAAACUUAGCUGAUGCAGAUGAUCAACUGCAAGGUCUUUUGUACUCCUGCCAGCUGCUGAGUGAAAAGGCUGAUACUGCCUUAAGUUCAUUGCCAUCUACACAAUCAACUAGCUCCAGUGGAGACCAUUCUUGA